UUUUUUCCCGCUGGUACCUUGAACUCACCUUCAGUAUUGUACAACGCUGCUUUGGCCACCGUCUCUACCAGAUCCUUCCUGCGAGCUUCAGAAACAUUGAGGAGACACGCCACCAGUCUCCUGCCCAAAGAGCUCGAGGCCAUGCUUUAUCAGAGUCCAUGCUAGCCGAACGAGCAGCAGUACUGGACCUGACUUUAAUAACUGCGGCCAAAGCGAUGACGACGUCACCCUCCGAGCUCCGGGGGCUCCACGCCUCGGCAAGCCGGGAUGCACUGUCGGGAACCCCGCUGCAGAAGCUGCAGAGGCUGCCCGCGGUGCCCGGGAACCUCCCCAACCGAGUGAACGACCUGCUGCUCCUGCGGCCUGACCCGGAGGAGCAGGAAAAGAGCAACAACCGGCACGUGGUGUUUUUCCACGGGGAUAUUCAGAACUUCCAGGAGGAGAUGGCGCUGCAGCCUGAGGGUGCCCAGUGGCUCUCCUGGAGCCUGGAGAGGGUUGCCUUCACUCUGGGCUGCCGUUUCCCUGAUAGACACGUGUGGGUGGUGAGAGCCUCGCGCAUGUACCUGCAUAAGUUCAGCUGCUACCAGAACUUUGUGGAGAGCAACAUGUUUGGGGCUCCGGAGCACUCUCCAUACUCUGCUGACUCUGGAGCGUUUCACCACCUCAGGGCCCUGCUGAGCCACGGCAUGGAGCGAGCCAGCCUGCCAGACCCGCUCCAACCACAGGGCGGCGCUGACAGCAUCCCCUCAGGCUUCUCCUUGACCCUGGUGGGCUUCAGCAAAGGCUGCGUGGUCCUGAACCAGAUGGUGUACGAGCUGCCCGGGGCCCGUGCUGAUCCGCAGAUGUCACCCUUCGUCAAGCACAUCUCUGACAUGUUCUGGCUGGAUGGUGGCCACCCGGGGGGCAGUGAGACCUGGGUGACAGACAAGCAGGUCCUGAAGGAGCUGGCUGGCAGCGGCGUGUCGAUCCAUGCCCACGUGACCCCUUACGAGGUGUGCGACCCGAUGCGGGCCUGGGUGGGCCGCGAGCACGGACACUUCAUCAAAACUCUGGAGGAGUUCGGGGCGUGUCCAAGCAAGAAGCUGCACUUCAAGGAUGACCCGCCCUCCAUCGAGAACCACUUCAGGGUCAUCCAGGAGUUUUGAGCGCUUUAUGUGAUCUUUGUGUCUUAUUGCUGGUCUUACCUCAAACCUUCAGAUUUAAGGGCUCAGAUGAGUCGGAUGCUGGUUUGUUAAACGCGCUAACCCUGAGGUGGGAUGAGCUUUCCUCUGUUCUCCACUGUCUUCCUCUGAAAGUCCUUCAGGCUAAAUGAAAGUUUUUCCAUUUGCUCAGACUUUAUGUUGCUGCCGAGCUGCUGGUUAAUAUCCGGUUAGUUUCUCUAACUCAACUUGUUUGCGUGUUUAGCUGCAGCAGAAAAGCUUCUUACAUUCUUUCUAUACCUGCACUAGCAUUGAGCUCAUUUUAGACACAUGAAUGUUUGAGAAUCCGCUCUCCGGGUGGACGUCAUCAGCAGGAAUAUCUGCUGAUUGUGUUUUAACUGUAAUGAAAUAACAAGCAGACACUUAAAGUGUUUGAGUUCAUUCCUUCAGUUUGAUGCUGAUGGUGGAUUUCCAUCAAUGACGAGUCAGAAAAAGGACAAAAAAGCAGUUUAGAUUUAUAUUUUUAAGAUAAGACACUGCAGGCUAACAGAACUGUUCACUUUUUGAAGCCAUUGAAGUUCCAAAACCAGACUUUAAAAAAAUCUUAAUUAAGAUUAAUUAUCUCAUAACGAGUUAUGUGUGUAAAUUGCAGACUGCUUAAAAAAAAAAAAAAAGGUGCCUGCAGCGU